AGCCGAGUACUAGAUAGUUACUAGCUAGUGCAUAGAAGGUUCUAGCUUAAUUAGCUGGUAGGCGCGCGCUGAUCGAGAUGGCCGCGCGGAUCGCCUCCAAGGUGGCUGCACUUGUUGCACUGUUCGCCGUGCUUGCCACGCAUGGCGCCCGCGCCGAGCCGGUGAGCUACAACGCCUCCGGCGCAGCCCGGCAACUCCUCGGAUCCAGGGGCGCCUGGCUCCCCGCCAAGGCCACCUGGUACGGCGCGCCCUACGGCGCCGGCCCUGAUGACAACGGUGGUGCGUGCGGAUUCAAGCACACCAACCAGUACCCGUUCAUGUCCAUGACGUCCUGUGGCAACGAACCCCUGUUCAAGGACGGCAAGGGCUGCGGCGCAUGCUACCAGGUACGGUGCGUCGCUCAGAACAACCCCGCCUGCUCCGGCCAGCCGAAGACGGUGGUCAUCACCGACAUGAACUACUACCCGGUGGCCAAGUACCACUUCGAUCUCAGCGGCACGGCGUUCGGCGCCAUGGCCAAGCCCGGACUCGGCGACAAUCUCCGCCACGCCGGCAUCAUCGACAUGCAGUUCAGGAGGGUGCCAUGCAACCACCGGGGCCUGACCGUGAACUUCCACGUGGAGGAGGGCUCGAACCCCGUCUACCUCGCGGUGCUCGUGGAGUACGCGAACAAGGACGGCACCGUGGUGAAGAUGGACCUGCUGGAGUCCAACUCGCGCUACUGGACGCCGAUGCGCCGCUCCUGGGGAUCCAUCUGGCGGCUCGACUCCAACCACCCGCUGAAGGCGCCCUUCUCGCUGCGCAUCAAGAACGAGUCCGGCAGGAGGCUGGUGGCCAACAACGUCAUCCCGGCCAACUGGAGGCCCAACACCAACUACCGCUCUUUCGUCCAGUUCACUUGACCGCACGCUACACUUAUACAACUAUCCGCAAUCAUAUAUUGGUGGUGUAUCGUGUAGCGAUUGCAUUUUUUUUUUCCUUUUGCAAUGGGUUGGCGAAUUUCAGUUAUGUGUUAGUCGUUGUGUGUGUCUCGAGACGCGUGGGGAAUGGAGGAGGCAAGUAUUAUGCAUGUGCUCUCCCGCCCACUUUCACAAGUGUUCACAAAUGCGUGCCACACCAUGUGUAACCAAACCACGAGCUGCGGCCUCAUCAGUGCAUUGACUUUUGGAUCAGUUGUUUCA